AAUGUAUUAAAAAAAAAACAUGAAAUAUCACAUUUACAUAAGUAUUCAGACCCAAAGGUGAUGACUAAAUUGGGAGUUUUCUAAUCUGACUUCUCUAUGUGACCAUGUAUGGAAAUUGUCUUUCUGGGCCGAGCAUCAGUUAAACUGCAGUACAGAAGCAAAACUGUAGGAUCAGUACAAAGCCGUGCUUCUAAACCGGAACCCUGUCCCAUUCGCUACGAACUGGCCAGUCAGGUUUGAGAAUGGUGUGUGCGCCUGUUCACGAGCUUCUUGUCUUAGUGUCGCAUGCCGACUCGCAGGUCCUUUCAACAUAUCCGAAAAAUUGAAUGAGCAAUUCAGGUGGUUUAUAGAUCAAUUACACAGCGACAAGCACACGAUCGUGAAUAAACCGGAUAUUUAUUUACGCCCUAAGAACUAUAAAAGGAAACCAACGAGCUCACGAAUUAGCAAUAAAAAGCUGGAAUGGAGAACAAAACAAAUGGAUCAGUGGAAGCUAAACUUGUGGCGGAGAAUGGCCAGCUGCCGGACCCUGCAGACUGGGCAUUCACUGAUGUCGUCAAUUAUUUCAAAGCUGCAGGAUUUGAUGAGCAGGCUACUGCUUUCCAGGACCAGGAAAUCGAUGGCAAGUCUCUGCUCCUGAUGACACGGAAUGAUGUCCUGACUGGUCUUUCUAUCAAACUGGGGCCAGCACUGAAGAUCUACGAGUACCACGUGAAACCACUUCAAACUCAGCACCUGAAGAGUAAUGCUAAUGCACCACUGCAUGCUCCUCAACGCGUGACAAGAUAAUCACGAGGCAGGACGGACAGACCAGUCCGAAGAGAUUUAGACCCAAGAGGACAGUGGAAGACUGGGCUUAGAAAACUCUUGCGUGGUUGCAUCUUGCAUCCUUCUGAAAAUAGUAUUUUACCUGAACUUAACAGAUGCCAAAUGAUUUGAGCCAUUACGUUUGAGUGGUAUCAGUUUAUGAAACCAAACAAGGACUUUAAUUCUUUGAGGUCAUGGACAUAAGAUCAUUUUACAGGUCUUAAAAAGUACAGGUUUAUUUUUUCUUCCCCAAAGAGUUAGUCUCAAAGCAAAUCAAGCAGAUUCAACUGAAUGGGUUAUUUAAUAGUGGACGAUCCUUUUCAGAUGGAUGCAAACGGUGCACUAGAUUUUGACGCGCUCUCUCCUACCAUUGAUCAGUAUAUAUAUAUAUAUAUCAAACUAUGGAACAGUUUGAUGCUGGCUAAGACUGGAUGGUAAUUAGUUUGAACCAUACUUACUGAUCCUCCAUUACAGCCAUUUCUUUUUCUAAUAAGCCACUAUUUCACUUAAAAGAUACAUCUAUGAACAUUAUGCAUGUCAAUUUUACAUUUAAGCACAGGGAUAUAAGUUGCUGAAUGUGUUCUUUGAUUUCCUUAUUCUUAAAUAUGGCAUUUUACUUUCGUGUUUGAUGUGGAUGCUUUUAUCACGCAUAAGUGACAUGCUGCUGCCUUUUGUAUUGUAAAGUUGCCCUGUUCACAUUUUGCUGUUAGAAACUACUUGCAGCUUAAGUAAAGAUUUGAGAUGUAA